UAUGUAGCUGAGUUCAGUUACUAAUCAGUGAGCUCCAGCUCUAACUGCUGGCAUUGACCUAUCUGGCUUGUGGAUUUGAGUGCUUCAUGAAGUUUUCUUGUGGUUUCUUUGCUGAGUGAUUGAAACUGCACGUUUCAUCACCUGCCCACACCCCCCCGUGUGUUUUUUAAAGGAGGGAUAUCCCCAGGAGUUUGUAGUCUUCUCUUGUCUCCGGCCUGUGACAUUCUGCUCAUCAAACAUAGGCGGUAGCUCUAAAUUUGAGAUGUAAAUGUAAAUGCCUGUAGAGGCAUGUUUACACCCAUGUCGUGCCUCCUUCGUUUAAUUCCUCUGGUCAUGAUUUUCUUUUCCUGUCCUGUUCAGAUGAUCAGCUUGUCUGUUUUUUUGUGAUGUUUUACAUCAUAUAGCAUCUCCUGAGAGAUCAGGGUGAAGCUAAAUGGCACCUAUUUUUAUCCUCUAAGCUUUCUGCUUACAGCUGUCAUUAUUUCACAAACUGGGGUCAACCUAUUGAAGGUAAUGUCAUGACAUCAACAAAAUGACAGAACAAGUUGAGAUCUGGUUCUGCAAAUCUAAAAGUACAUAGUUUGAAUGGGAAUGUUCUGAGUUUGUACAUCAGUUUUUCCUCCAUACGCCUGCCUCUGAGCAUGUGUUUUUACAGAAGUUGCAUACGGGCAAUGUGUGUAUUCCUGUUGUGGCGCCCCUCUGUCUACUCCAGUUAUUGUUUUACAUCUCUUGAUUGGUCACAGUGGUUAUGCACUAACUCUAUAGUGAGCACCCCCCCCCUUUUCUCUCCCCUGCCCCUCUCUAACCGCCUAACUGUCCACUGUGCGUGUCUCAUUCCUGACGGGGUGGACUGAAGACGCAGUCCAUUAGGGCCUGCCUCCUUGAAAGCAACACUGAUGCGACCGUUUCCUUGAUUGAGAGAAAGGAAGAGGGAAGCACAGCUGUGUCCUGUGUCACAAUGGGUCUUUGUCUCGUCACCUCUGGUUGAAUUAACAGGAUUUAUUUAAUUGAAGAGAACGACGACACAGGGGUUGACCAGCUUGUUUGCAGAAGAUGAGGAUCGUCUAGCAUGUUUGGGGUUGAAUGGGGAAUUGUCCCGUCAGUUUACCAGUGUUUUGCCAACUCAAGUGCCACAGAACUUAAACAGUUUAGUGUUCACUUGUGAAAUAAUGUUGUUAGAGCAGCACGGGCCAAGGGCUGGUUAGGUGUUUGGCCAAAGUCAAAUAUAAACAUACAACUGAUGCAUCAUAUGCUGUUAUUUAAAUGAGAGUUUUAUACUGGGCUCUCUGUACUUGACACAUCUGAAUCCAUGAAUAAGUACGAAGCUCAGUUUACUAGAGCAUGUCUAGAGCAUUGCUAUUUUUAAAAGUCUGGCAUUGUCAUCAGAUCACCAUGGUGAUUUAUUGAAGAAAAAAAAAAAAAAAAAAGUUUGUUGAACAAUCUUAGGUAAGCUUAAUUUGAGCAGAAGAUGCAACAGAGGCCAUGCUUGUGUGUGGCACCAAAACAUGUGUAUGCAUAGUUUAUAAUAGGUAAACUUAAUGAAGAAGAGCACUGAGCUAAUCUUUAUGUUAUAUUACUGCUACUUACUCCAUGAUCAUCUUUUGCUGUGUAUGCACUUUGUUGAUUUACUGACUUCAGAAGCUUCAGUAAAUAUUCUCAUUCUUUGAAAGCAAGGUACUUUCAGCUGUCUUCAUGCUGUUUUCUCUGGGUGUUUACGGAAGCCCUGGGUCUUUCCACUGUAUCCGACAUGGAUACCCAAUGAAGAAUUCCUUGAGAGUUUGCCAUGAUUCAGGAAUAGGGGCUUUUUCUCACUUGAUUUUCCUGCAGGGCAUUACUGGUGGCAUCAGUGUUUCUUGUACACAAAAGUUAUUUGCAAACACUACUAGUAUUUACAUGGAACAUAAUCUCAUACAGAGCACAUUCCUGGAAGGGCUUAUGUUGCAACUUUAACUGAGCAGUUAAAGGGACAUUCAUUGUUCCUCCAACUGUAUAAAAAAACUUUAUAAAAAAUCUCCUUACAGUAAUUUAUUGCAAGGAUUUGGACCCUAGUGUACAGGCGUAAAGCAAAUGGUCUGGCGCUUAGUGCCGUGUUUGGUAUUUAAAAGUAUAUGAAGUUGUUGCGUAUGUUGAUUGGCGCGGUGGUGAGUGUUUGUACACUGAACUCACAGCCACAUGACCCAAGAGAUAAGGUUUCAGUGUUGGCUGGGAGCUGGCAUGUACUUUUACAGGCCUCACUUCAGUUGACAGUCGAAGUGCAGUACUGUGUGUUUUGCGUUUGAAAUCACUAUGUGAAGUUAAAAGUCUCUGAACAUCACAAUCAUUAUCUAUUGUUUUGUUUGCUUGUUCUUUCCCCCGACUGUUAAGUGAUUGCAUCAGUCAAUUCAUUAGGUUCGGCUCGGGUGUUUGUCAGCAGUCUAUAAGCUACAUGCUGGUGGAAUUCAUAGAUUGCCAAAGUAAAUAGCUGCUGCUUCAGUAAACGCUACCUCUCGGCCUCUCGCUGCUCGAGUCCACUGUUUUGGUGUAGAGCGGUCCUAGCUGUCUCUGUGUGAAGUCGGAAUUUGUUUUCUGAAAAUGAACUUCCUCAACAGGCGGGAGGUGUUUCCUUCCCUCCCGGUACUCUGUUUGAAACUGUGAGGUGAAUACUGAGCACUUCGGAAACAUGACUAGAGCAAAAACAACUGCUCCUUUGUACGAGCCGAGUGUGGGGCCAAUUGUAAUGCUUUGUGCAAGCUUUUUCAUUUGCUUUCACCUCGGGCACUGAGUAGAUCGUUUUAAUCCAUUGAGUAGCUUUAUUUGGAAAUGUAUCAUUUAGACGUGCUUUAAUAGUAGCCUGAUUAGCCUUCACAUUAAUGGAUGUUUUAUUUGUUAUGACAUAAUUUGACCCUCCCAUAAAAUAAAAGACUACCACUUGGCUACCUCGCUCUGGAACAGCCUCUCUCUCUCUCUCUCUCUCCCACUCUAACUCAGCCCCCCUUUGUCUCAUUCACAUUUUUAGAGCUCUAGCCAGACUGGGUAGUCGCCUAAAUAUCAGUUAGGGUUUCAAAUAACAGCCUUCGCCAUGGGGCUUUGCGACACACCUUUGUGUAUCUGUUACAGAGGUGUAACUGGUUUGUGUCAACUGGUUUAUUUCUUGUGAAAAGGGUGUGGCACAAGUAGAUCUGUGUAUGAACUGAAAGCAGAGUUUUUGUUCCGAAUUCCUGUUCUGUUAUUUACAGAAUAAUGAUAGGUUGUAUGUAUUUUUAUUUUUUUUUUAACUGGGGAAAAAUAGCUUUUUGGUGCAUACAAUGGGUAUUAUAAAGUAUGCCUUAAUGGCACUCAGUCAGUAGUGCCAUGACAUCCAGGUUGGCUGUGGUCUUUCCCACUGCUCUUUGUCAGACAGGUUUGUGGAGAACAGCAGCAGACUGCUGGCCUCAGCAUUUUCCGCCUGUAUUGAUCUCCCCACAUUAGCUCUCUCUUCAUGCACAGACAUGAGCACAAUUGCUUCCCUUACAACAUUGGCUGCCGUGGCAACUGAGUCUUGAUCGUGAGAUUUUGCUCCCAGAAAACAUCUCAAACCAGAACCUCUUCAUUUUGAUGCUCCUAUCAUCUCCUUUACAUUCCCCCGUACAUUUUUGACACAUCAACGGCUUGAUUUGCCACUUAAAGCUAUCUCCAUAUGUCUUUGUGUAUUUCUGAAUAGGCUAAGUGCUUAACAGGAUAAAAGAGCAGUUUGAAAGGGGGGAAAAAUGUGCCUUGGCACCUGCUGUUAGUGCUUGCCUGUUUGCACAUGAAUAUGAUGAGGCUGGCGGUGCGCGGGGCUAUUUUAACUUGCAGAUGAGCCAUCAGGUCAGCACCAUUGCAGCUUUGGUGUAUUUUCAAGGAUGAGCUGCAGUCAACAGGCCAGUGCGGCUUAUUAGCUCCCUCUCCCCUCUCCACUCUUUACACGCUAGUGUCCCAUUAUUCAUCGCAUUCCCGGCCGCCUCUCUUUGAUGCCUUUUCAUAAGAGCAAUGAUAACUGCGAUCAUUGCUACAGCACUGGUAAUUGACCAGCUGCAGUCAUGGUAAAACACUUCCUGUGUUUGGCUGGAUGCAACGCAGCUUUCUCAGUCGUCCACCCUGUCUCUGUUGAUAUUCAAAUGACGGUCUUCUGGAGGUGCUGCUCAAAUGGGAUAAGUGCUCCCAGUCACUCAAGGGCCCAGCUGAGAGGUCAGGGGCUGUGAAGAUGGACUGAGGUGAAGCUCUCUUGGGCUUUAAGGUUAAUCAGUGGUCUGACACUUUACCCGGGCCGUGACUUCCAGACUACCAGUGGAGUGUUUACAUCUGACCCUGGCUCCAGAAAACACCUUGGCCACACCUUUUUAAUCAAACAAAGACCCAAUGCAUUCAGGGCCUUUUUUUUACCACACCUGUGUUGGCUUGUGGUUUACUGUGACCUUAAUGUUUGUCAUCCGCAUGCAUUGGGUAGCGCCGUCAUGGAUCUAGACUUGACUGAAACUCCCAAAGAACAGCUUGGAGUCCUUUUCAGAUGGCAUCCUCACUCAUCCUUUCUUCCUCUCUGCCAUCAACAGAAGUACAUACAUGGGUUGCAAAAACCUGCCACUACUUGCACCUAAAUGGAUUUAAUUUCAAAAGCAUUUGAUUUUUGGUUGUGCACGGGGCUAGCUUAAUUCUGAUUUGAUUUAGGGAUUCUUGGAAAGAUUAUUAUAAAAAUGAUAUUGUCCUCUGAAACUGCAGCCUUGUCUGUCUGCAUAGUCCCUGAUCUAUUUGUAAAUUCAUUCAGAGUAGGAACCUGUCAUGUCAAGGGAUAUCUUUUUGUAUUUUGGUCUCUCGAGCAGAGAUUUUCUUUUAACACAAAUGGGCAGUUCUCUCGCUUCCUGACAUAUCUGAUUGCUCUACUUUGCAGAGAGCUGUGAUUCAUCGUAGACGGUGGAUAACUUGCACAGCCUACCUCACUACCACUGAGUGGCUCGCUCUCUCCUUCUUACUCUGUCCUUCCGUAAAAGGAUUUUCCUAUUGUUAUGUCUCUUCCUAUGUUCACUCUGUCUGGCCCUUUGCCUUUGGCCUGGAAAGCUCUGUGACUUACUUCCUUUUUUUGGUGAUAAAAAUCACAGAAGUAUAUUCGGUUCACAAAGAAUUUUCAAUGGUGCUGACAAAUGAAAAUGCAGACAAUAGAGGAUUGACAGGCAGAAUGCAGGACAAAAUGUCACUAAUAUGACAUCACCUAUACAGCAGACAGGAUGUAAUAUUAUGACAGAAACAGUAUGAGUAUCCUUUUUAAGGCUGAAUAAAUUACGACCUUAGAUUUAGAAGUCACUCUAAACCAAAAUAGGUUCAAUGCGAUAUAUCUUUAUCCCCUCAUUGAGAGUUGAGCGGUCAUUUUAAUGCCUCCUUCUUCCCCCUCCUGUUCUCUCUGACUGGCUUUGACAAACUGAUUUGUGUGUGCGUGUGUGUGUGUGUAUGUGUGUGUGUGUGUGUGUGUGUGUGUGUGUGUGUGUGUACACUCCCUCUCCUGUCUCACCCACUGUGCAAACACCCUCGAGUUUGACCCAAUUCUUAUCUUAUCACAGAAAUGAAAAGAUAUGCCUAUCCACUACUCUCUCUGCACCGCUACCUCUCCAACCUCCCAAUGCUACUCCCGUCUCGGUCUGGAUCCAGAACAUCCCAGACCACCCCGGACCUGGGCAUCUGCUGUCCACCUACGGGUGCAGCAGGAGCAUAUUCGCUACAGGGCGGCUGCCCGUUGGUUGCCUGUGGCAGAACCAGCCGGCAUGGAUUACUUUUGUUUCUAUUAUUGUGUCUAUAUUUCUUGUUUCUGGGAUAUCUGCUCUUAAUUGAAGGGACGGCAGGGUUGUCAUGGUGACACCCAGGACAUAAAGCUUGUUGUGAGCUGAGCCAAAGAGUGAUCUCUUUGUGCUCUUGCCCUCACCAACCAGUGUGCAAGACUGUAGCUUGUAUCUUAGUGUAGUGAUUUUAAAUGUUUGGACAAAAUGUUAUUUAUUUUGAUAUUUAUUUAGUUAUUUUAGUGUGCCAAGACUUGGACACAUCUUUUUCUGUGCCUGUAAUUAAAAUCACAAGUCAAUACAUUAGGUUCAACUGAAAACUUUGACAGGAUCAUGCACGGGAUGACAUGCCAGCAAUCAUUCCUCUGAACCCAUACCUCUUUGAUUUAAUGGGUCCAAUCAUUGGGAUGUCACCAGAUAAGAAAACGGAAAUUCCGGGUAUGCAAGAGGAGCGGACAGGGCUCAGAGGUGUCUGUGGUGUGGGAACACUGCCUGAGGCGGAGUGUGCGUCCAGUCCGCUGGCGACCAGCGUGGAUCGUACUGGAGGCACGGAGGAUGAGGAGCUCACCAACCUCAACUGGCUCCACGAGAACCUGCUUCAGAACUUCACCCUGGGAGGUCCAGAAGCUCAGCCCAGCGGCAGUCCCCUCUUUGACAUAGAGGGAGACUACGGGUCCAACCAGGGGCCGUCGUCCUCCUCGUCAUCUUCGUCACAUGGCAGAGGCAGGGAGCGGGACUCGUUGAAGUCUAAGCCCCCUUUCUCAUUUUCCCUCCUCAUCUACAUGGCCAUUGAGCAGUCUCCCAGCAAGUCUUUGCCUGUUAAAGAAAUCUACGGCUGGAUUCUCGAGCACUUCCCUUAUUUCUCCAACGCUCCCACUGGCUGGAAGAACUCAGUUCGUCACAACUUGUCCCUGAACAAAUGCUUCCGCAAGGUCGAACGGAGUUUGGGGAAGGCCAAUGGAAAAGGUUCUCUCUGGUGCGUUGACCCUGAGUACCGCCCCAACUUGAUCCAAGCCCUUAAGAAGCAGCACUUCCCUGCCGCACAUGCCUUCUGCACACCACCCGCCUCCCCACCCAGUGCCUCCUCACCCCCUCGCCAUCUCUUUCUACAAGGCUGCUCAUUCAAAGGCAAUUCUGACAGCCCACUGGACCUCUCCCGACCCGACUCUGUCCUGGUGAGCAGCGAUCCAAAGCAGGACCACAACUACAGCAGCGUAGCCCUGCAGCGCUGCUCCUCUCGCUCCUCCUCCUCGUCUCUCUCCUCCCUGGACGAAGGAGGCUGCGAAGGCAGGCAGUCCCGCCGCGCUGGCAGCGAGGGCUUCCACAGCGACGAGGACUCCGACCUCUGGGACGAGAGGGGCGUCCACCAGACUUCUCGACGUCCGCCCGCCAUCAAGUGGCCCGUCGGUAAGAGGCCACGGCGCGAAGUCAAGCCAGAGCUGGAUGAGGAGCUGAAGGAAGCCGCGGGCUCGUUGCUGCACCUCGCCGGUAUACGCAGCUGCAUGGAGGGCUCCAAACGCACUGUCAAGAGCACAAAACUUAACAGGAAAUGAAGAUUUUUUUUUUUUGCCCCCAUCAGACUCCGGACCCUGUGAACCCUAACCUCUGACCCCUGAUCGUGUGUCCCAGUGUGCCUCCUUCUCCUUAUCUGAUCGUUCAUUGGCCAUUUUGAGCCUUUUUUUUUGUUUGGGAAUAUCCCUGUCCAACAAAACAAAUGGCAAUAGUAUCGUUCACACAGGAGAACAAAGCCAUAUAGAGACUUUUGUAACUUCGGGGGUAACUGCUGGGGGUGGGUGUUUGGGCUAUGGAGAACCAUCAAGAAACCUAUCCAAAAUGACCUGCCCGCUUCUGUUGGAUUAGAAGAUUGUGAUUCAAGAAUUUUCCUCUGAAAGACAAAAUGGGAAAAGCUGAAGGUUUUAUAACUCAAAGCGUUGCAUGCUUCCUCCUCAAACCUGUAUCCUCUUCCAAGUGAAUCUAUUUAUGAAGCGAAUGAGUGCAUGUUUGUAACAGACAAAAUCUAACCUCCUGGUGUUAUCAGUUCUCCUUUUUUGUGCUAAAGAAAAAAAAAUGCCACUGUUUUUGAAAGGAAUUCUUGCUCCACGAAUCCUCUUGUAAGAGAGAUGCAAUAAUUAAUCCACAACCUUAACUUUUUUGACGUCGCGGUGGCAUUUUUUCAGAGUCGAGUAUGCUAGUUAAACUUUACAAUUAAGAGAAUGAAUGGAGUAGUACUAUGAUCUUGUUAUGCGAUAAACUUUAUUACACACGAGCUCCGGCUCUGUUUUCAGGAUUAGCAAGAUGUGGAAAUAGUAUUACUCUGCCACUGCCAAAUUUAGUUGCAAAGUUAGCUAUACUACUUCGCUCCGUUUUGUGUGGCCAUUACCGUGCUUCUUCAAAUGAAAGCUGUUUUUCAUUGUUUUGCAAAUCCACUGCUCACCCUGUCGAUCCCUUUUCAUUCAUCAAUGUGUUUUUUGACAUUUACUGUGCAGACGCAGAACAUAUAUUCACAUGUUUGGUGACAGCCUAUGCAAAGUGAACAUUUGCCACGUAUUGCCAGAUGUUCACUGUGUGGCCAUAGGUUAUCCUCCAUAGAUUUUAUUUUAUAUUUUUGCGUGCGUGUGUGUGUAUCAUAGUGCAUGUCGACUUCAGCCUAAACCUGCGAUGAUGGUCGUGACAGAAAAGAGUUUGAAAUGGUCAAACGCUUAUCUUCUACUGACAAAGUAGUCAUACUGCUCCAAUGAAUGUGAUUGGUGUAAUGACGGAUCUCCUUGCUACAGCUGUAUUGUAGGGCUGCUUGGUACUCUGCUUGCUUCUGGUCCUUUUUUGAGAGCUGGUUUAUAGUCAGAAACAGGAGCGGACAGUUAAUUACUACAGCUUAUUGCUCCAUUACUUGAGUUUGCAGUUUGAUUAUACCUCUCAUGUGUUCUACUUGUGUUUUGAACCAUGUACUUUAGAAAAUUACAAAAAUUAUACAGCUAAUUCUCUGUUGGCUGGUCCUGUGGCCAAGUUGAUUCACAGCCUGAGGGAAAAGCGUGUGUGUUUGUGUUCAGAUAAACGUAAGACGCAGAGCAUAGGUGUAAAGAACGAGACGGGGACAACACGGUCGCGGCCAGAGAGAACUGGACUCCGUAUGUGCAGUCGCUCGCAGGCGAGAUGUUGAAGACCUGUGCUGCUCUCAUGUUGUGCCCUCAGUUCUGGCUGGCCACUAGUGUUGCGUCCUUGCUCUUCCUCCCUAGAACAAAAUAAGGAAGUGCACGCUCUCUUCUCACGCUGUGAAAUGGAGUGUUUAUUGUCAGUUGAUUGCAUGCAGUUCACUGAGGGGAAGUUGCGAGCCACUUGUGUAAAAGGCCACAAUUCUAGUUUGAGCCUCUUUUUUUAAAAAAAGGCUGCAUACUCGCAGCGUACAAUACAAGGUAGCAGUGAAGCGCACAAGGGUAACCAACUGAAAAUUAUACAAUGUUUUCCCACAGUACUGAAUCACAUUGUGUCACAGUGACUAUUUAAUAUAGCGUGCAUGGUCAGUGCCAAACAUUUUCUUGUGCCACUGAUGUAAAACUGCAAAGGCCCGUGGUCACUAUAUACACCCCCCCCCCCGUUGCCACAAUGCAGUUGUGAUUUAGAGCAACAAUGCCCUACUUUUCUGAAUCAUCCGAACAGGAAAUGGGAGAGGACUCAAGUCAGCACAGUGACUUAACCAAUCUUUUGGUUUAUUUUUGUCGCUUUGGAGUGGGAACUGUUCUCAGCAGAGUGCGCUGCAGUUCUCCAGAAAUAAUACUUGCAUACACUGGUCUUGUUUAGCUGUGAAAAAAGAACAAAUUAUUGUUCAUUAAUCAUCACCUUAUUUAUGACAUUAAUUUAUGGGAUUAUUGAAUGCUAUCAAACACUGGUUAUUUGAAACGAAUGACUGGGCACAUUUAUUUUUCUCCCUCUGUGAACUCCUUUUUAAUAAGUAUUUUGUUUUUCACCUUGUUUUAUUUUACAGCAAUACACCUUAUUUUCUUUCACUAUGUUAUAGUGAUUAAGUAUUUUGCCAAUGUUUGUUGUCUUUAGAGCGGGUGUUUUUAUUUUUAUUUUCAAUUUAACCAUGACUGCCAGGUUUUCUUGAUGUUUUGUUUUGCUUUGUGUUAGACUGGAUAGAAGACAGUUAAUUCACUUUGAUCCUGAAACCUUUUGUUGCCAAAAUUGAUGUACAGCCGGGGUGUAAAAUAUAAGAUGGACACAUUCCCCAUGUACUGUAGAAGUUCUUUAAAGAUGAUUGACUCAUUUUUACAUUUGUCUCAUGUUUAUGUUUAGAUAUUAUGACUUGAGUAGUCACAAAUUGAAGAUUAGCUCUCGAUCUCAUCACAGAUUACAAUCUUUAAAAGAAAAAUUACUGCCACUCAUAACUCAUGCUUCCAGGUAUUGUUAUGGGAUGCUGAAAUGUUUUGAAUAUCGCUGAAAACCGGAUCAGACUAACUCAGUCCCCCAGGCUGCUACUGUUGUAGUUUCAGACCUACAUUUAAGUAUACGGACAAAUGGAGAGACGCGUAGAGAAAAAUCUCACUCAUUCUUUCUGUAGCACUUGCAAAAAUGUUCUGUUGCUCUCGAAGGCAACGCCGAGUCAGUGAGUUGAUCUGUGGAUGAGCUACCUAAACGUUUUCGGGGUCCGACUUACCAAAGUCUAAACCCAGUUGCUUCAUUGCUCCAACAGCUGUUAAUGAAUAUUGAUUAUGUGAUUCUUAAACUUCUGUUGCAGUUCCUAUGGGUAUGAUGAACAUUUUGUUGCAUUUGACAAAGCUGCCAACCCAGUAUCAGUUUGUGUCAGUUGUCUGCCAUGUCUAUCGGACCGACACACCUUUUGGUUUUUGUAUGCUAACCUCUGUUGAUAAAAUGUUUAUAAGAUUUAUUUUCGCCAAAGAUAUGCAAUUGCAUUAUAUAUGGUAUUACAAAAUAUUAAUAAAAACCUGUUCUUGUUA